CCGAUCUGUGACUGUGAGAUCAAAAAGUACGCCUCAAAUUCAAUUUAGAAUUCGAAUCUGCAUCUUGUCACUCUCACGAGAAUAUCCACAGUGAGAGUGAGGCUCCUCCUUCGAGCGUUUGAUUUCACAUCUUCGAGCAACUUCUUUUUUUCUUAAGAAAUCGGAGACUGUGUUGAAGAGAGAGACCGGAGUAGUAAUAGUGGGUUCUUUGCCGGAGAAAUUGAGAAUAAAGAUGCGACAAGUGGGAGAGAAGGGAAGAGAAAGCAGCUGCUGCAGCUCAGAUUUUCUGAUUUCGGAAGCGACCAGACAAGAGGAGGAGCAAAACCCUAGCAGUACGGAGGAUUUCACGCAUUCCCCGGUGUCGUCUCGUUGGUCGGUGAAGAAUGUCGACGGAGAUAAGAGGAAGAUUCUCCCCGACUCUUUGGAACCAUCGACAGUCUCAGAGAUUGAGAUGAUGAAGGAAAGGUUUUCGAAGCUAUUACUUGGAGAGGAUAUGUCUGGUUCUGGCAAUGGUGUCUGCACUGCUUUAGCCAUCUCUUACGCCAUCACUAAUUAGCUUAGAUUAUUUGUUUUCUGUUAUUUCUCAGUCUCAAAACGAAUCUAAUUUAGUGUUUUGUAGAUUGAAUAACUUUGCUGGGAUAUCUUAAUAAUGGCGAGAAGGCAAGCUGGUUCAAUACGGCGUGUAGGAGAUGGUGCAAGCUUCCUUUCGCUGGAGCUUCCCACUCCAAGUCUCGUUCUUCUCCUCUUUUUCUAUUUACCUUGUUCUUCUGUUAUAUGCUUCCUUUCUUCCUUAUUCCUCUUUAUGGAUCUUGUUUCAGUUUGUUAAUAAUCAAAUUGUUCUUCAUCUUUGUUG